AUGAUCGCCCGCCCGAGAAACCAACUCGAAAGACUAGCCAACAAAUGCGACCAGCUCAUCGGCCUCGAAGCGCGUGGGAUCCAGCAAGUACCGGAGUCCGCACGGGAGGGAAAGCCGGCUUUGAGAGACUACGUGUGGAUGUGGAGCAUCUGGUUUUCGGCGAACUGCACCGCGGUGCAGUUCACGGCGGGGAUACUGGGGCCUGUUGCUUAUGGGCUUGGGUUUGUGGAUUCUGUGCUGCUAUGCGCUUUCGGGACGAUCUUAGGGUCGAUAUGCAGUGCCUAUGUAUCUACAUUCGGAGCGCUUUCGGGGAACAGGACUGUGGUUGUGGCUCGGUUUGUUAUGGGCUACUGGCCUGCUAAGUUGGCUGCUUUGUUUAAUAUCGUGAUCAAUGUCGGGUAUGGGUUGAUCGAUUGUGUUGUUAGCGGGCAGAUUCUUUCAGCCGUGAGUGGGGGGUCGUUGUCUCCCGUUGUUGGGAUCGUAGUUACGGCCCUUAUAACGUGGGUUGUGAGUACGUUUGGGAUCAAGCUGUUUCAUCUUUAUCAAGGGUACGCCUGGGUCCCUCAGGUAGCUAUCCUUUUCGUCCUGAUCGGGUGCGCAAGCCCAAAAUUCGAUAUCGUGACACCCAGCCAGGGAACCGGAACGACGGUAAUCGGAGACAGAUUAAGCUACUUCUUUCUCACUACCUCAGUUCCCCUCGGAUGGGCAUCCCAAUCAGCAGAUUUCUACGUCUACUUUCCCAAGUCAUCGAACAGAUACGUUGUAUUCUUAAUGACGUUCCUAGGUCUCCUGCUUGGGAAAUGCUUCGUCGAAUUUCUCGGCAUUGGUCUUGCUACCGGACUCGCUCAUAAUACCAGCUGGGCAGCUGCCUUUGACAUCUCCUUGGGUUCUCUCCUAGUCGAAGCAUUCUCACCCCUAGGAGCUUUCGGACAUUUCUGCUGCGUCGUUUUAGCACUGGGUAUAUGCGCGAACAUAAUCCCAGCAACCUAUUCCACCGGUCUUUCUUUCCAGCUUCUCGAUCCCAACGCCGAAAGGAUCCCUCGACUAUUCUGGUGUACGUUUGCGGUAAUCGUCUAUACCGUUUGCGCCAUUGCCGGGCAUAAACACCUUUUGGCGAUCUUCAACAACUUUCUGGUCAUUAUUGGGUACUGGCUCGCCAAUUUCGUCGUCCUUGUUCUGCAAGAACAUGUCAUUUUUCGACGUAAAAUAGGGUGGAAGUGGGAUCAGUGGGAUAAUACGGAAUAUCUCCCACUGGGUAUUGCGGCCUUUACUGCAUUCUGUAUUGGCUGGGUUGGAGUCGUGCUUGGGAUGGACCAGACCUACUUUGUAGGCCCCAUUGCGAAGCUGGUGGGUGAACACGGUGCUGAUUUGGGCAUUCCACUUGGGGCUGCAUUGACAGCAGUUACAUUCCCCCUGUUUCGAUAUGUGGAAUUGAAAUACUUGAAGCGUUAG